GAGAAAUCAAUUGAAAUUAUUUAACCCAUCCGGCAACAUCAUGGAAUGCAUUCCAACAUUUGUUUAACCACAAACAGCUGAUUGACAUUACAGCUUUCAAUUAGCAGUCGACAGGUAAAGGGUGUUUUCAGUUUUCUAACUACACCAGCUGCUUUCGUGCAACAAAUUCUUAAAUUUAUCAAAUGUUAAAUAAUUAAACUUAGCUAAAUGUGUAAACAAGUGUUGCGUACACAGAGAUAUCAGCGAAAAUGAGUGCCAGACAGCAGCAGAGUGCAUAUCUUAACGUAGUGAAAAACGUUUGUUGUUGUUGAUAAAGAUGAAGUGGCUAUUGUGUUGGCAUAAGAAAUUGAAAAAAAUGUUGGUCGGUUGGAAGCCAUUGCAUUGGUUUGUCUUUAGUGCGCUAUGUCUAAUGGGAUUGGGUGCCUAUUGGUACAUAUGGACAUCGGAGGUGCGCAUUGAAGAGACUUGGAGUAAUGCGAUAAAACCUUUGGGCCGCAUAGCAGCCGCGGCAAAUGGUGGCACACUAGCUCUGGAUAAUUUCGAUUAUGAAGAACAAUUAGUAGUGCUGUAUAAUCGUGUGCCCAAAACGGGCUCCACCAGUUUUGUUAACAUUGCUUACGAUUUAUGUAAGCGUAAUAAAUUUCAUGUCUUGCAUAUAAAUGUCACAGCAAAUAUGCAUGUGCUCUCGCUGCCCAAUCAGAUUACGUUUGUGCGUAACGUCACCAAAUGGCAUGAAAUGAAGCCGGCACUUUAUCAUGGUCAUAUGGCGUUUUUGGACUUUUCCAAAUUUCAAAUUGCGCACAAACCUAUUUAUAUCAAUAUAGUACGUAAGCCCUUGGAUAGGCUAGUUUCAUACUAUUAUUUUCUACGUUAUGGUGAUAAUUAUCGUCCGAAUUUAGUACGUAAAAAGGCGGGUAAUAAAAUUACUUUCGAUGAAUGUGUUUUAUCCAAACAACCAGACUGUGAUCCGAAGAAUAUGUGGCUGCAAAUACCAUUCUUUUGCGGUCACGCAGCAGAAUGCUGGGAGCCAGGCAGCGAGUGGGCAUUAAAUCAAGCUAAACAUAACUUGGUUAAUGAAUAUUUUCUGGUUGGUGUUACAGAGCAAAUGGAGGACUUUGUAGAUCUGCUUGAGCGUUCAUUACCGCGCAUAUUUCACGGUUUCCGCGAACACUAUCAACAUUCCAAUAAAUCCCAUCUACGUCAAACGUCAUGGAAGAUUUCACCCAACGACGAUACAAUCAACACCAUACAUAAAACGAAAAUCUGGCAAAUGGAGAAUGAGCUAUACGAAUUUGCAUUGACACAAUUCGAAUAUAAUAAACGCAAAUUGACUGUGCCCGAUAAUAAGCAUUUGCAAAAAUUCAUGUACGAGAAGAUAAGACCAAAAUGAUAGCAGUUGCGUAAUGCGAUUGCGAAAACGUCAAAGAUGCGCAAAAAAUGCACAAAUGUGAGAAAGUAAAUUGGGAGUGUGAUUUUUUAUAUAAUUUUUUUUUA